AUUUUUACACAUGACGAAAAUGCAUUAAGUCCUCAGAAGGCAGCGGUCGACUCAGCACUCACACACAGGUGGAGGAUGGGAUUGGGUCAUGACCAGGAGGAGUUUGCUCUGAGUGGACUUGUACGACCUGCACUGCUGUAGAGUCCCUGCGCGCUGGAUUAUGCUCUGCAUGCUCAUCUGUCACCGCUUCCACUGAGUUUCGCAGCUUCACCAUCACCUUUGUUUUCUCCGCUCGUCAUUCAUUGCAUUCUUCACUGAAUGCAGGCAUCGUCAUGUUUAUCAGAGCAACGUUUCUGCUCUUCUUUGUGGUCUCACUCCCAAAACCUGUGCGCUGCUUGGAAAGUGAACUCUGCUUCCCAGUUAGAUUGGAAAACCAUGACAGGAGGGAUUUUGACAACGACGUGCAUGUGCCCAGUGGGAAAUGUCUCCUAAAGAUACGAGCUUUCCAGCAGGAGUUAGUGAUCGAUUUGCAUCAGGACUCUGAAUUCAUUGCGCCUUCCAUUUCUAACCAAGACGCAGUCUGGCUCUCCAGCUCCGAUGUGACAACUGACCUGAGCCGGUGUUUCUACUCCGGGUAUGUGAACGAUGAUCGCUACUCGUACGCUGCUCUGAGCCUCUGUCGGGGUUUACACGGUGCAUUUGGCUUCCAGGGAUGGGAAUAUUUCAUCAGCCCGGUGCAAAACGAAAGCAGGAGCAUAGAAGGCGCUCACAUCAUCCGGCGCAGGGCCAGCAACAACCUGAAGCUCAAUUCGACCUCGAGGUGCGCAGUGGACAGCGACAUAAGUGUCCAGGAUGCGCAAUCGCUGGAGAAAUACAAGCGACUGUCAGAUCACAGCAAUGUGACCGAAACAAUGCUGAGGAGGAUGGGGAGAGCCAAACGAUUCGCCUCCGUCCCCCGAUACGUGGAGACGCUCGUAGUGGCGGACGAGUCCAUGGCGCAGUUCCACGGAGAUGACCUCAAACACUACCUCCUGACACUAAUGUCAGUGGCAGCGAGGCUCUACAAGCACCCCAGUAUCCUCAACUCCAUCAGCAUCACAGUUGUGAAGAUCGUGGUUAUAACCGAGGAGGACAAAGGACCCAAGGUGUCCGGGAACGCAGCCAUGACGCUGCGUAACUUUUGCACUUGGCAAAAAAAGCUGAACAAAAACAGCGACAAGCAUCCAGACUACUGGGACACGGCGAUACUAUUCACCAGACAGGACCUGUGUGGAGCUUCCACCUGUGACACUCUCGGCAUGGCGGAUGUUGGCACCAUGUGUGACCCCAAGAGGAGCUGCUCUGUGAUCGAAGAGGACGGCCUGCCUUCUGCCUUCACCACUGCCCAUGAGCUUGGACACGUGUUCAACAUGCCACACGACAACGUGAAGGCCUGCGAGGACGUGUUUGGCAAACUGCAGGACAACCACAUGAUGUCUCCCACACUUAUUCAGAUCAACCGCACCAGCCCCUGGUCCCACUGCAGUGCUGCCAUCAUCACUGAAUUUCUGGACAGUGGGCACGGGGAAUGUUUGCUUGACCAGCCUCAGAAACCGCUGGCCCUCCCUGACUUGCUGCCUGGACUAUCCUACGUCCUGGACCGUCAGUGUGAGCUUGCAUUCGGAGAAGGCUCCAAGCCCUGUCCCUUCAUGCAACCACCGUGUGGUCGUCUGUGGUGCACUGGAAAGUCUAAUGGUCAAUUGGUGUGCAUGACUCGGCACUUCCCCUGGGCAGAUGGGACCCAAUGUGGGAAUGGACUAGUGUGUGACCAAGGUGUCUGCUCUGACAGAAAGGUCCAAACUGUGAAGGUGGAUGGCCGCUGGGGUAAGUGGGGCACAUUUGGUUCCUGCUCGCGCACAUGUGGAGGCGGUGUCCAACUGUCUAAAAGGGAGUGUAGCAACCCAGUUCCGUCAAAUGGGGGUAAAUACUGCCAAGGGGUUCGGGUCAAAUACCGCUCCUGCAACCUGAACCACUGCCCUGACGAAGGUAAGACUUAUCGUGAAGAGCAGUGUGAGAACGGUGGCCGGAAUUUCAACAACAACCGCGUGGCUUCGUCUGUGGUGUGGGUACCAAAGUACUCAGGAGUAUCCAGCGAUGACAGGUGUAAACUCAUCUGCAGGGCUAAUGGCACCGGUUACUUCUACGUUCUGGCACCAAAGGUUGUCGAUGGGACUCCAUGCUCCCCAGACUCCACAGGAGUGUGUGUCCAAGGAAAGUGCAUCAAGGCUGGCUGUGAUGUAAAAAUUGGCUCCAACAAGAAGUUUGAUAUGUGUGGAAUCUGUGGAGGUGAUAACAAGGGAUGCAAGAAGGUGUCGGGACUCUUCACAAAGCCUGCGCACGGUUACAACUUUGUGGUAAUGUUGCCAGUGGGUGCGGCCAACAUAGACAUCCGUCAGCGAGGCUACAAGGGAAUCAUGAGUGAUGACAACUACUUAGCAGUGAAGAACAGCGAGGGCCAUUACCUUCUUAAUGGGAAUUACGUUGUAUCUGCUGGGGAGAGGGACAUCAUGAUCAGGAGCAGCCUGCUGCGCUACAGUGGCACAGCUGGCCUCUCCGAGACACUGCAGGCUGUGAAGCCCUUGGGAGAAGCCCUGACUGUGGAGGUGCUGUGUGCAGGCCAGAUGACGCCUCCUCGAAUCCGUUACUCCUUCUACCUCGCACGUCAGACCAAGGAGGACAAGACUCAGAAGAAAGAGGGGCGUAUUACUUCCCAUAACAGUGUACUGGCGGAGUAUAGUGUCAAUGAGAAGGGAGGAGACACUCUGAAGGAUGCUUACAGCAAGGAAGAUCCUAUUCUUGGGAAAUGGAUAUCGACAGGCUGGGAUGAAUGCUCAGUGACCUGCGGCAGUGGUAUCCAGAGGAGGAUGGUGCAGUGUCUGAAACCAGAUGGGAAGCCGGGAUGGGAAUGUGAUUCUUCGCAAAGACCCGCAGCCACCAGGGUUUGUGGAGACCCGUGUCCUGAGUGGCAUAUUGGGCAGUGGUCACCUUGUUCCAGAACCUGUGGGAAGGGCUUCAAGAGACGACCAUUGCACUGCAAAACUCAACCUGGGCAUCUGCUCCCAAGGAACCACUGCUCUGGCUUACGCAAACCACAGGAGCUGGACUUCUGUAAUCUAAGGCCUUGCUAGUGACUAAAACCAUUAAAAAUAAAAUGUUGUAUUAAAAUGAAUCCACAUCCAAGUAUUAUACACACCAUGGUUUUCAGGUUUUUUCCACCUGCAUCAUGGGACUGUUAGAGGAUGAUGGAAACUUGGAAGGAAAAUGAGAAUAUUGGAAGGAGAGUGAAAGUCGCAGGAUGAAUGCCGGAAGAUAUUUUUCCCUGUCAUUGCUCUGACUUCAAAAAGACAUUAUCCAUGUCUAAAUCUGAUGGCAAAAUAACAUAAUACAAGGUCAAAUAAUAUUUAAUUGAAUCCCUUGUACAGUCUAUGCAGAAUGCCCAUGUGCAAAUAAUCACUUUAGUUUACCUAAUGUGUCAGGAUGAAUUAUAUAUAAUAUUGUAACUGUGCAGGUUUCAAAAUUUUAGUUGGAUUGUACAAAUAGAUCAGUGCGGCCUGCUGGUUGGCCAGAAACAUUACUCAAUUUAUUUUUCAAGAAGAAAACAUAGGUUUGACAAAGCUUCGUAACCAAGUACCGACUAAAAUGUCAUUUCUGUUCCCUGCAAAACACUUUUACAGAGAAGGACAUUUUUGUGCUUUCCACAUUUUUUUGUACAGUUGAUGCUAGUUACAUGUGUUGCUACAUCAUUUAUACAGGGAAAAAAUGAUAUAUAUUGUCCAGUAAAAACCAGUGUGAUUGUUACACAUGCUUUACUCCAACAGUUUCACAGCAACAAAUACUAACAAUGGAGCCAGCAUUUCUCAUCAUCACAAAAGCAGGAAGGAAUCUCCAGCCUUGUAGACAGAUUUUUCUGCAGACCUCACUCAGCACAGUCAUGGAAACAGUUUUAACUAGAAUUGGAGGUCACACUAGUGACUUUCAUGACAGAUAAAACUAAACAAGGCAGGCAACAAUGACCGAUGGGUUGCUCCCUGUCAGCUGGUGUGACUGCUAGCUCAGUGAUUUCAUCGGGCUACACCCAAACUUGCACAGCUCAUUUCAGAUAUGGGCUUAUCCUGAUGUCUCACACGUUAACACACUCAUGUGCAUGCACAUACCCACAUGUAUUGUGUUCAAUUCCCGCCCUCUGUGUUCAUCAUGUUGAUUGCUUCCUUCAUCAGACCACAACAAUUGUCUCCUCAGUUCAUAGUGUUCAGCCAGUUGUGAAGCCUGUUAAGUCAUGCCUGUCUGGCACAGUUACCACAGAUAAUUUAUUAUCAGUGAAACGAUGAAGAGGGGGAAAAAAACUGGCAAGCCCUCUGUGAUACUGUGCAGAAUGUGUUUCAGUGGAUCUCCUUGUUCAUGGCCCCACAGUCUGAGCCAAGAUGUUCUCUCUGCACACUCGAUGAAAUCCUGUAACCUAUUAUAUUCUUGUUUUGUUUCUUAAAGGGUCACAUUGUCCACUCCAAUAUCCAGCUGCAGGACAGAUCCUCUGUUAGCUGGAUUACUAUUUUUAUUUUUUUUAUCUGCUUUUGCACUUUGUACAGCAAAAGAAACCAAUGACCUACAGAGGCUGUACUGUAUACUAUGUAUACAUUUAUUCAGCUCUGUGCAAAAAAUAAUGUAAAUACUUUUUAAAUACUUUUUUACACAGGUAUUUGUAAUUGUCUUUGACUUCAGAAUAUUUAUUCCAAAAAUAAAGCCAUUAAUGAAAAGUUA